CGUGACCAAACUUGUUGCCCUUUUGCACCAUGGCCUUGGUAUCGGUCUCGAAAGCAGAAAAAUCAUACAUUCAAGCCGGAAUUCUCGCGAGUCCUGCCCAUCGACUGGAUGGUCGUUCUUUACAUGACUUUCGCUCGAUAGCACUGGAAACAGGUGUAGCACCCUUAGCCAACGGUAGUGCGCGCCUGAAAAUCGGUCGCAAUCCUCAGGAUGGAAGUGGAGGCACAGAAGUCUUAGCUGCCGUAAAGCUCGAAGUCGAGAAUGUUGAAGGGGGCACAGGUGGAGUCGAUGGAGGAAGGAUAGUUUGUAGUGUUUCUUGUUCUCCUUCCGCAUACCCAAACAUUUCUUCUGGGGCCCUCGACGAUCUACAACAUGACUACACUGACGUUAUCAACCAAACACUUUCACAUCCGUCUUUGCAUCCGGCCAAUCUUGGAAUUCUCCCUCGGAAAAAGUCCUGGCUUUUGAACCUUGACAUCGUCGUCUUGGCUGAUGCUGGAAAUAUCUACGACGCGCUUUUCAUGUCUGCACGUGCUGCGUUAUGGGAUACCAAAGUUCCAAGGACGAGAAGUAUUGAGUACAAGGCAAGGAAAAGUGGUCCGAGCGCUAAAGACAAAGACAUGGUGGGAGGCUCCGGUGAUAUGGAUGUGGACCAGGAUACUGUCAGUGGCUUCGAUACUAGACACACAAGCGGGGCUAUCGAUUUUGAACUCCCCGAUUAUUGGGAUGAAGGUGAGAUUCUGGAUGGUCGGAAUAGAUGGCCAUUGUGUGUUUCCCUGAAUUUGAUACCUCCUGCACAUUUCCUGGAUGCAACAUUGCAAGAAGAAGCUUCAGCAUCGAUACGAGUUCUUUUGAUGUUCUCAUUUGCUUCACCUGGUCAACCCACUCUACAAGGCAUGCGGAUGUUAGGACCCGGCGAAUUGUCUAUGGCCAGUUUAAAAGCGCUCAUUAAGGAAGGGGGGAAAUACGCUAAUGAAAUGCACUCCGCUCUCACCUCGAAAUUAAGAGACGAGGAUUUACGACGUAACCAGAAAGCUAGAGAGAAAUUUGCACUAGGGAAUCUCUGGGUAUACAUCAAAUGUGCCUCCAAUCCGGUACUAAAGAUUAUCACUCAGCUUGCAAGAAACGGAUUGUACGGUCGAGCCUCCAUGGAGUAUCGGAUUUGCUAGCAUUCCGGCUUUCUUAGGAAUCAUUUAAUAUCACCACAUGAAGCCAGUUUUCCCGCAUUCAAUUUAUGUAGCGCAGAACCUAUAUAAGGUCGGCGUCCCACAGGCAGCCAAACCGUUCGAGGUUCCCAAUAACGACCAUAUGUACGC